UUUGUCAAAACAAUUGGCGUGUGUAUCGAAUCAAAUUGUACGGGAGUUAUUUUUGUAUUCAGUUGAUUUUCUUCGGCGGUGGACUAACGAUAUUACAUUAUUAACGAAUUUCAUGUCUUUAAAAAACCUCAUAUCAGUCUGUCGAAAUGGAUUCUAAAUGUAUGGCCGAUGAUGAAGUGCUUGAAAUUCGGAGUGACGAUGAUGAUGAUAGCGAUGUGCAGAUUCAGGAAAAACCAAUCCCAGUAGUAACCGUGUAUGACGACGAUGAAGCAUUGAAAUUACAACGGGUCGGUUCGUUGAUCUCGAUGGCUCCGUCUGAAUCAGACACAAUACCUCUUUCACCAUUCAGGACAAACCCUUCGGAAAAUCAAAAGGAUAUGUCGGAAGCCAACCCAGACCAGCAGGAGUUGGAAACUACAAAGGAAAAAAAUGAAGAUUUGUUGCUGAGUUUAAAGUUCCGAGAUUCAGGAUUAUUCCAGUUGUUUAAGGGAUCUCUAACAGAGUAUCUCAAAACAACAUUCCAAUUAAAAUUAGCAGGCCAGGAGGUGGAUGUUGUGCAUCAGGUGGAAAACGCGUCCAUUCAGGUGCUCAAGAAGAACCAGGAAACCACACCGUUAUUGUCUCAGGAAUGUUCAACCACUACUCCGAAAGGAGUAGCCACACCAGAGAAUAUUGCUAAAAGCAAUGACCAAGAUGACGGAAUAUUCGUGAUUGAUUCUACACCGGCCAAAAAUGCCAAAGGCGGGCCAAUCAUUCCCAGCUACAAAAAAGCACUGCAGAAAGUACUUGACAAUUCACCAAAGGCGUUGCCGGAUAGUGCUACUAAAAAGCCGAAACCCAAACAACUUUGCUGGAACUGUGAAGGUGAUCACGGUUUAAGAGAUUGCACGGCGCCUCGAAACUUUGCCAAAAUCAGCAAGAUGAAGCAGGAAUUUAUGAAACGCACCGAUCGCUAUCAUGUGGAUUUGGAGCAAAAAUACGGCCACAUAGUUCCCGGUAGGCUAUCCGGUGAAUUGAAACAGGCUCUUGGAUUGGGCAAACGUGAUCUUCCGAUGCAUAUAUACCGAAUGCGAAUGUUCGGUUAUCCUCCGGGAUGGCUGGAGGAUGCUAAAGUGACCCACUCAGGGCUGCAGUUGUUCGAUUCUAAUGGUGAUCCCGUGCAGGAUUCAGACGAAAGCGAAGGGGAGGUCGACGUGAUCAAGAAGAAAUAUGACGUUCGUAAGAUCGUCUGUUUUCCCGGAUUUAAUGUAUCUGCGGGUAAGGAGUUCUUUGAUGAUUCCAAAUAUUUCGGCGUUCCCCCUAGAAUGGAACAUCAGAGCCGGGAUGAAAUGAUCAGGAAUCUCGAAGGCACUCUGGUACAAGGGUACCGGAGAAAAAAACUGCGUUUGGCAGCCUUUGGUCCAACAGAAACCGGUCACCAGUCAACCGAUAUGGAUCUCGACAACGCUGAACUCAUGGAAAAUAGUUUAGUCACCGUCGAUGACGUUGGUAAGCUCGAUGAAUCGGUCACGCUGAGUGCGUUUAGUUCACUUCCGUCGUUCAAUGGUGUCGUUGAACCUGCACCACCAAAUAUAGACAACGAACCAGAAGAAGGUGAAGUUAACGAGGCUGUUGAAGCUGAAACUGAAGCGCAAACUGAGCCGGCACCUGCGGUUACCAACGGAAGGGAAAACGAAGCCAACGACAGUGUCAUAUUGAUGGAGGAAGAAACGGAUAUUAUUUGUUUGGACGACACCUGCCCAGAAUCACCUUCCUUGGAUGAUCUGAGAAAGAGACAACUAGAGAUCCUAAAACAGUUGGAAGAUUCCCCUCGCGGGUUGAAUCCGGCAGACCUCUCACAUGAAGAUUCCCUCCUAGACGAUGUACUGAUGGCCGAACGGUUAGCAGAGGAACAAGAGUCCGCGGUUAGUCCCGUUCCUUCUAUACCGCUACCGACAAUGGCAGCGCCGGUUCUACCGGUGUUUCCGGUACCGGUUAAUUUUGUGUUCCCUGCGCCGAUAUUGUCACUGCCAGCUCCUCCCCCUCCGCCGCCAGCACCGGUGGAAAUUCAACAAGAGCGUCCCCCGGAGCCGGAAUUUCUCAACUUGGACGAAAUAAAAAUGUCGAAAAUACCAUUCAUUGACGAUCCCGGCACGAUGGGAUUGAAAAAAAUGUCACUCGGCACGCCUAUCCUGACGGCAUUUUCUCCAUUCGACCGCUUACCUUGUGGAAAAGCCUUCUCCGUGGGGGUCAGCGAUGUAAUCAAUUUCGAAAAUUUACCCAACUCCACGGGUAAGUACGAGCGCAUGAAGUCCCUGCUUUCCAAGGUGCGGAAUGUUAUCAGUGCACACAAUGGCGAACCGGACGAUGACUCCAGAUAGCCCGGCCAGGAUUGUUUGCACGAGGAUGAUAAAUUGAGUGAAUAAAGCGAGAUUGAAUGGAUGUGUUUGAUUUGUUGUAUUGCUAACCUGAAGUAUGUUUUUGCAUGUUUUAAUAUGACAAACUAUGGAACUACAAUUUUGGUUUUUUUAAUUGAAAUUUAAAAUUUUGAAUAAACGGAUAUAAUAUAAUACUUUAAUAUUAUAAUGAAUACAAGUUUGUAUAGAGUAUUAAGUCUAAA